AACAUCGAUUACAAAACAUUUUCAUGAAUUUGUCUUUUACAGCCGCGAAGAAUAAAUGGUGGAAUUUCGUAAACGUUAGCGAAAAAAUGCCGAUGAUUGGAGAAAAUAUUUCCUUGGAUGCAUAUUUAUUUUACGACGAGACAUAUCAGCUGUCAAACGAAGGAGAUAACCAGUACUUCAAUAAAUUAUUUAAAGAGGUUGAAGAAUAUCUCCACAACCGCUCAAUAAUGAUAAAUAUAACUGUAAAGGAGGCUGUUAAGAAUAAUAAUUUGACCGUGUAUUUUGAAUCUAACAAAACGAUAGAUGGCCGUCGCACAUUGGAAAACCUCACAACAUACGGAGCGUCUAUGCACAAGCCUAAUAACUCCGUCUUCUUUUUGUUCACUUGGGACAAAGACAAUGCAGAUAAACCAACAGCUGGGCUAAUCGAUUACAUUAAUCCUAAUGGCUUACAUCGCCUUGGUGUAUCCGAGGUAUCUACGGAAAACUCGUUCUGCAGCACAAACACAAGUGCAGCUGUCAUCAGACAUAGGCAUGAGAGCCACAACUACUGGAGCAUAAUUCGUGCCCUACUGACAAUGUUUGGAUCGAAACACUUCAUCCUGCUUGAUAACCAGGACUGGGAGAACAUGAAUAAGACCUUCUCGUAAGAACAACUAUUUUCGUUUCUUUCUAAAAAAUUAUUCCAGGGGCAAUUUUUAGCAA